AAAAAAAUUGAAAGUAUUUAUGUACAUAUGCAUGUAUUUUAGCUGUUCACCGAUAUUUAGUUGCUCACCAAAUGCUCAUCGAUAGCUGUUCACCAGAUGCUCAUUGAGCUUGUGUACCACAUAGGUGUGACUUGUGACAUCAUUUAUAUCACAGACUUAAAGCGACACGGCGUCAUAUACUGAUAAAUCAUACUCUGACUGCUGUAGCAAGCACCGUUAUAAAUACAUAUACAUAGAUAGGUACGAUGAGUUGCGGGAAGCCCGACCACUUUGACUACGGACCUCAACCCGACGUAUGUUUCAAAGAUAAUAACGUACAUGCGAGGAAAAUGAAUAACUUGAGCAAGUUUAAUCAAAGUAGCAGUGAUAUCAGCAACGGUGUGUCUACUAAGAUAACAGAGAGAAAGCAUCUCUCCAGAAGGCUCACGAGGAACGAAGUGGCACAACACGCCCUUGCACCACACAUACAUUAUGGCUAUCCCAGAAUAGAUUCCUUUGUCGACGGUCUGCAGUCUAUGUUCCGACUCCACAAUGAGACGGUCAAUAUCUGGACGCAUAUAUUCGGCUUCAUAUGCACGAUUGGAUUUCUUUCAUUGACAGGCCUGGAAUAUCAGAACUACCACAUCAUGGAUAGUGUGAUGCUGACUGUGUUUGCCGUCUGCUGUGCGCUCUGUUUCACUGGCUCGAUCCUGUUCCAUACCUUCAAAUGCUAUUCGUACGAAAUCUAUAAGCUGGUGGUGAUGUUGGACUACCUGGGGAUAUUUGUGAUGAUCUACGGGUCCUUCUUCUCGGGUCUGUACUUUGAGUUCUACUGCCAAUCAACAGAGCGGACAGUCUACCAAGUGGGCAUUACGAUACUGGUCAUUACAGGCGUAAUCUUCUCGUUUUCGCCAAAGUUCGAUGAUGACAGAUAUAUGCACUACCGAUUGGGAAUAUUCUUCGGUGUUGGCGCGUUCGCCGUCAUCCCAAUGAUGAGUGUGGCAGCGACAGAAGGAGUUGGUCGGGUGGCGAAGUGGUUUGUUCUCCUACUUCUGUACUCCGGCGGUGCCGUGUUUUACGUGACAAAGUUUCCCGAAUCCCGAUUCCCGGGCCGAUUCCAGAUCUGGUUUUCGAGCCACCAACUGUGGCACGGCAUGGUGGUGGCUGCAGCGUUGUGGCAGUAUUACUCAUUGAAACAUUUGCAUGUGGAGAAAAGCAUGCGCGGGUGCAAAGUGGUGGAUGACGGCCUGUUGAUGCUCCUGAGUAGCUAUUGGUAGGAGUGUGCGUUGUGCCAAGCGCCAACUGUGUGCCUAUGUAGCUGUGGUACAAUUGAUUCGACUUCUCGAAAUUCGAAACGGAAAAACAUUGGUGAGGACGAAACUAAUGGAAACAGUGUGUAGUGGCGAGCUGCUGCUAUGGGGCAGUACAGCUUGCUGAAGUUUGCGAGUGGAAGAGAGUAUUUACAGGUGUAUUCGAUGGGAGAUGUUUUCGAAUUUCAUUUCUGACAGCUACUCGUAGGAAUCUGUUGGGAUUAGUAGCUGAUCUAGUUGGUAUCAGUCUGUAGUGCUGAUAGCAAGUGGUAGCGGUCCCGGUAACACAUGCAAUAUAUGCAAUAUGUGAAGCUAUAUAAUUGUAUGACGCAGAAGUGUCGGGACUGGGAGAGAUGAAUUGGCGAUAACGGACUUUUCAUAUUCGCGAGUAGUCGUUGAUGUUAUUCUGUGCAAAUAGGCAGCACACACAUAUACCCACAUAUACAUAUAGAACUUAUAUAUGUAUGUAUAUAUGUACGACAGUAUGUGUAUCCAUAGGUAUAUAUGUAUAUAGUCAGACGAAGGUCAUCGGAGCAGAAUUUGGUGGAUAGGUUAGUGAUAGUACGAAUGAUUCCAGCUGGUAGCUGUUCUGGUACCAACUACAAUGCCGGCUGAAAUUUCACCUGGUGAGGCAGGUAAAUUAGUGUGCAGUAUCUACAGUUACAGUAGAUUACAGCAUUGGUAACAUAUUAAAAGAUUAAAAAAAUAGACUAGUAAGAUAUGUAUAUAUAUAUAUAAAUAAAUUUCUAUCUGUAC